AUGCCAACAAACUGGGCAACCCCACCAGAGCCCAACUUUGUCCUGAUCUCUACACUGAUCUCUACGCUGCUUUCUUCACCGUUUGCAGCGAUGGCAUUAGUAGCCACAGAAACGACAGAAUAUUGUAAUCAGCUGGUGAAUGUAUUGUCAAAGCUACAUGAUCCCAAUGACACGAAUAUUAAGGAAUGGGUCGCCACAAACCUGGGUCCCCUAUGUUACAACAAUGUGCACAACUACUUUAUAACGCAAGCGAUCCUAACUGGAUUGUCACGAGAGACGGAAAAUGGAAUUCAUUGGGGGCAAAUGCUUAACCGAAUAUCGCAGGAGUUGGCGGCGGGUCUGGGAGAACGAGAAGAGGUAUUGAUGCUGACGGAAGGUGUCAAGUUCAGCGGCAUAACGGCCCUUGAUGUGAUCGAGGCUUUGAUCGGCAUUCAGCGGGACAGCAAACCGAGUGGGGGAGAUAUUGUUAAGUUAUAUAAGCAUUAUAACUCAAAUGACCCACCAUCACCUGUCUUUCUUCGGGACGCUGCAAUUCUCAAUGCUCUGAUCGCGGAUACCUUUGUUCCUCGUCGUUCGAAUGCACAUGUGGAAGAAACACUGUGGCUACUGGCCUACGCCGUCAGCAUCGUAGAUCAAGACAGCAAAAGAGGCUCUGUGGGUGACGACGACGAUUUCAAGAGCACUUUGGAAGCACUAAAGAGUCUUGACGCAUUGACGAACCGUAUAACAUCCAUGGCGCAAAUGCAGGAUCAUAUAUCUGCAUUUCUUCAGGCGACAGAACGACAAAUUACCUCCAUGGCACUAUUACAUUGGGUCUCGUCUUGCUUGAGCAAUGGUAGCUUUUACGAGUGGACCAUGCUACGAGAGGAAGUUCCUCCGGCAUUCAAUCUUGUGGAUGAAAUGGUCAUAAGGCAUCCGUUUCUUUGGGAGCAUGCCACAACUUUCUGGAUUACCUUACUUGAGGGCGGAUACGAAUCACAAGAUCCCUUGAUGAUGAUAGAAAUUAAGCAAAAGAUCCUUGAUCACUUGGUCCUUUUGGUGAAAGUGGGGUACGCAGUUCCGGUUGUGAAGUACAUCUCAGAACAUACCGGCAGCAUAGAUGAGUCCCUCAGAACACACUUUGUUGUUUCAAUACUAUCGGCGAUAGAAGCGCCAUAUCCAAAAGAAUUCAGUUCCCCACUUGCGCAGAUUGUGGCCUCGCUUUCGCAGGAACUUCCCAGGUUCAGUGAAGGUUUUAAUUUGAUAAGUGCAUUCAUCGAUGUGCUACUGAACACUGCGACCGACCCUUCCGAUAGUGAUCUUGAUUUAUUGAUAAAAUUGAAAUCGCGUUAUAGCUGAUCAAAAAUUCCACAUAUUGCUUUGGCGCUUGAAUUGCAUCUAUUUUUAGCAUUUUUAAAACAUUGCUUUGGUUUGCUCCGCUCUUGCAAC